UGGUCACUUUGUUAGACCAGGAUUCAAGCAGUUCUGAAUCACCCAGAUUGUCUCUAGUGGAUCAUUUUAUUGGAAAAUGGAAUUUGGGAACUGAUGAAUGUUCUGAAAAAGUGCCAAGUGGGGUCAUGGUGAAUAAUUUUGUUAGUGGAAUUCAAACCACUAUAACAGAGGAGGUUCAGAAGAAUCUGCUUCCUUCACUGGUGGAGUUUUUGCAGCCUGUGCAACCCACCAGUGUGGAUCUGCAAGAGUCUAAAAUUACUGAAGCCCUGGACAAUAUAAAAUUGGAUAGUGCUAGAACUAAAAUGGAAAGCCCUGAAGAUCUUAAUCACUCAGCUUCAGCUUCCUCCGCUGACAACUCCAUACAUCAGUCGUCCUUGUUUUCAACAGCUGAGUUGUUGGUGCUGGAUGUGCUGAACGCUUCAGUGUCUCAGAUAAAAAGUCAGCAACAUGAGACACAUGAUGAGGCUGCAAAAGUUGAGAUCAUGAAAUUGGCCAGUCAAUUUAGCAAUCAAGACGUUUUCUUUAAGCUUACCGGACGUGAGACAGAUGCCAGCUGUCAAUUGUCCAGCUCUGAGGAAUCCCUCAUCAAUCGGGUGCCAUCAGUUGAAGAUCAGUGUUUUGGAAUAAUUCAGUCACAGACAACCACAACUGACAAGAUUACAGAGGAAAGUGAAAUUGAUGAGAUCAGUGAAGAAACUGUUGAACAAACCCUGGAGUCUGUGAUCUCCAUCCUUGAAAGCCAAGGAUUUCUGUCAUCUGAGUCUGAUGAAGUUACGCCAAGUAAAUCCAGUAGCUCAGACUCAGUUAGUUGUGCAUCUGUUAGAUUAUCAACCAAUCUAAACGUCUUAGAGGGUAUAAAAUCUACAAACAGUAGCCCAAGUCCAACCCAGCGGACAGGCUCUGGCUCUCCUAUCCAGCUGAGUGCAGACUAAAAAAGAGGUCCUGACUAAGACUUUGGUGGAAAUCCAAAGAAAAUUAUCAAGUCAUGAACCGUCUGUGUCACCUCGACAAGUCAUCUCACCAGACAACACUGAUGCCAUCAUGGACCUCAUUAGUGGCAUACUGAGACGAAUUCAGGAAUCUUCAAGCUCAGAUUCCAGUCUGCAGGGAUCAUCCACCUCCUUGAAGAGUACCACCACUCCUAGGUUGAAUAAUCAGAUGGUUCAGUUUAAUAAGCAGGAACUGCCUGGACAAAAACCAAGCAAAUCUGCUUCCCUCAGCAGCUGUAAAGUCAUAUUGGUCAAAUCUGCUGACAUGUCUGCACGAUCUAAAAUCAGCUUGGAUGAGAGACCAAUGACUUGUCCCUUAACAAAGAAGGACAGUACUGACCUCAAGGAAACCAUGAGGCAGAUAUUUAGAAAAUUUGACAGCAAAAAAUACCAGAAAGAAUCUGAUGAUAAUCUGACUGAUUUGCUGUCUGAUGCCCUCUACAAACACAUUCAGAGUAAAUGCCAAUCUGAGAUUUCAGGGCUAAAUGAAUACACCAGCUCUCAGGAUGAGUGUAAUCUCUCACCCAGCGACAGUGUUACAUCAAGUGAUCUUGAAUUGGCCUCCUCUGCACUGACCGAAUUGGUGUUAAAUGACCUCAAGGGCACUUUUGAUAAAAAGGUGGAGAACUUCAAAUCCAGCCAGAGUGACAUCGAACUAGAGACAAAAGCGACUUUUGAGAAGUUCCUCAUCCAGCCACACAGAAGCGAGACUGACCUGAUCAUCACUGAAGUCACAGACGAGGACUUUUCAUCUGAAGGAAGUAUCAGUGACAUUGAUGAUAGCAACCAUUGUCCUGAAGUGGCUAGUCAGAUCAUUGGGUCUUUUGGGUACAAACAAAUUCUGAAGAAAGCAGUGGACAAAACUGCUAGAAAAGUUCUUAUGAAGAAGUUCAGCAUGCCUGAGUCAUUCUCUGUCAAAGAGUUUUCUCCUGAUACAGAAUGGCUCAGAUCGCUGACUUCUGAGGUUAUAUGGUUGCGAUCUUUAAUUGUGGGAGGGGUUUUAGAGAAUCUGUCUCAAAAUGCAAGAAAGGAUGCAAAGGAGUCCAGUGAACAUAUCCAGUCCAUGCCAGAUGCCAGAGAUCAACCCAACACAGCUGGAAAUUACACAGAUGCUCGUGGUAUAGAAGAACAAUCUGUCAGUAAUGUGCCUCACAACCAGAAUGGCAUCAAGCUAAAGAAGAGGAGACCUAUCCGUGCCUUCUUUAGGAGAGCCUGGCAGGCAGUAAGGCAGGCCUUUACCCCCAGCAAGAAACGAUCCAACAAGGUUUUUCCUGCUUAAUUUUCCGAACUCUCCUCAUCUACAAAUGCCAUUUUUAGGAAAAGGACAUUUGCAAGGACAUUUUUGGUGAAGGCAUUUUUUUCUCGUCACAAUUGUAUUUAACAUCUUCUGUGUAUGGCUCUCUCC